ACUGCUCGGCUCAGACCGGUUUGCUCUCCAGCCCCCAGGGCCUCCCGACCUGCCUCCCCAACCUCACUUUGAGGCAUAAAAGCCGCCCGGGUCCCAGCAGAUUUUCACUCUCCGCUCAGAGCCGACGACCAGCCGACCCUCAGCCAUGACCUCCUUCUCCACCCGCAGCAGCUACAUGUCCUCCCCCAUGAGGAGCUCCACCAUGAUGUCCUCGUCCUCCCGUAGGGUCAGCAGCAUCGGGGCCGGCAGCGUGUACGGAGGAGCCGGAGGGUCCGGAGUCCGCGUCUCCAAGGCCUCCUCCUCCUUCUCCUCCGCCGCCGGCGGUGGUGGCUUCAGCCUGUCCGACGCCAUCGACGUGUCCACCAGCGAUAAGGCCACCAUGCAGAACCUCAACGACCGCCUGGCCUCCUACCUGGCCAAGGUGAGCAACCUGGAGAAGGCCAACGCAGACCUGGAGCUGAAGAUCAGACAGUUCCUGGAGAGCAGGACCAGACCUGAGGGCCACGACUGUGCUGCAUUCAAGGUCACCAUCACAGACCUGCAGGACAAGAUCAACUUUGCUGCUCGUGGAAACGCCGCCGUCAUCCUCGCCAUCGACAACGCCAAGCUGGCCACCGACGACUUCAAAGUCAAGUACGACAACGAGCUGAUGAUGCGUCAGUCUGUGGAGGCCGACAUCACCGGGCUGAAGAGGGUCCUGGACGAGCUGACUCUGAGCCGGUCCGACCUGGAGAUGCAGAUCGAGGGUCUGAAAGAUGAGCUGAUCAUGCUGAAGAGGAACCACGAGGAGGACAUGCUGGCUAUGCGGGCCCAGGUGGGAGGUCAGGUGAACGUGGAGGUGGACGCUGCUCCUCAGCAGGACCUGGCCGCCGUCAUGGCUGACAUCAGAGAGCACUACGAGACCGUCGCCAACAAGAACCGCAAAGACCUGGAGGCCUGGUUCCAGACCAAGUCGGCCGAUCUGAACAAAGAGGUGGCUGUGAGCACCGAGACCCUGCAGACGUCCAGGUCUCAGAUCGGAGAGAUCAGACGAACUCUGCAGAGUCUGGAGAUCAAACUGCAGGCUCAGAUCAGCAAGAAAGGAGCUCUGGAGCUCACCCUGGCUGAGACCAGGAGCCGCUACGCCAACAUGCUGGCAGGUUACCAGAGGCAGGUGGAGGCUCUGGAGGAGCAGCUGGCCCAGCUGAGGGGUGACCUGGAGAACCAGAAGCAGAUGUACGCCGAACUGCUGGACAUCAAGACCAGACUGGAGCUGGAGAUCGCCGAGUACAGGAGGCUGCUGGACGGAGAGAGCACCACCAGCACCACCACCACCACCACCAAGACCACCAGGGUGAUGACCAUCGUGCAGGAGGUUGAUGCCUCUGGAAAUGUGAUCAGCACCAGCAGUUAG